CCCAGUUCGUGCGAGCUUCAUCUUCUGUCACUCAGUUUCUGACCUCCACCACUUCCACUUCUUCCAUUCAAACACCAAGACACUCUCGGAGCGGCGAUCGUUAAUAUACCCACCGCUGCGCCUGACUUGACACGCAUAUCUUCAAUCAAUCACUUCGAGUGAGCUUCGCCUUCUUAGACGCAGGUCAACCUAUAAGCACCAAGAUCAAGCUCCCAAGUCCUGUUCCUUUGAGCUUCCGAGCUUCCUGCAACACCACCACCAAAUUUCUCUCCAUUUGCAACUUCCCAAACACGAUCACCAUCACCAUGUUCACCCGUCGUCUCCUCAAAGCUCCCGCAUCUUUGGCUGCUCCAGCUGUCCUCGUCCGGCCCUUCUCCAGCAUUGCAGUCCUCGCUCGUACACCCUCGAUCUCUGACAUCACACCGGAUGGCGUCAAGUUGUUUGAGGCAAAGCAGAAGGCGUUUCGCGAGCGAAUUGCUGGGCAGUCCAGAAGAAAGGAAACAUCGACCGGUAAGUCGGCAGAAACCACACCCCAAUGCGUUGCCUGUUUCCCGCACUUCCCUUCCCUCCUCCACUGCUCCAUCUGCGAGCAAUGCGGGCUCACGCACAUCUAACAUUUUUUGGCUCCGUCUUCAUCAGACUCACAAGGUGCAUCUGUAGCUACCGAAGAGGAUGAUAAGCGCAAAGGCAAGCUAAGCAGUCUGAUCUAUGGCACGAAGGAGGGUCGCGAAAUGGAUCGCGAGAUUGAACAUUCCUUUUCACAGGUCCUGGCAAGAGGCAAAUACGUUCAUAGCAUCGUCUUUCACGAGGUCAAGCCCGAAAAAGUUGACGAAUACGUCGAUUUGGUCGGAAACUGGUAUCCAAAGAUGGCCGGAAUGCCAGACAACAAGGUCAAUUUGGUUGGCAGCUGGAGGACAGAGGUUGGCGAUUGUAACACCUUUGGUAAGGCAUCUGCGAUAUCUUGUCAAAAGAAUUAUCAAAUCUAAUGAUACUUCAGUUCAUAUCUGGGAAUAUCAACGAUACCAAGGAUACCACAGCUCUCUCCACAGUAUUUCUAAUCACCCCGACUUCCCCGCAUUCGAUAAGAAACUCAAAACUCUCAUUACCGCCAAGCGAACCUCCCUAAUGCAAGAAUUUUCCUUCUGGCCUACCACGGCUCCACGACAACUGGGUGGUGUUUUCGAAUUACGUUCGUAUACCCUCCAUCCGGGAAACCUUUUAGAGUGGGAGACCCAUUGGCGUCGUGGACUUGGUGCACGCAGACAGGUGAUGGAGGGAGUUGGAGCGUGGUUCGUCCAAAUUGGCGAUCUGAACACGGUCCACCAUCUUUGGCAAUUCGCGGAUUUGGAGGAGCGGAAGGUUAGGAGAGAGCAGAGUUGGAGUGUUGAGGGCUGGGGAGAUACCGUUCAUAAGACUGUGCCAUUGAUCCAAAGCAUGAAGUCUCGGGUUCUGGUUCCAAUGCCAUGGUCCCCUGUUGCAUGAGCGAUUGCUACUUGCUGGCCAAGAGUCAAGAUUCAUUUCUCCAAUCUCAUGUCCGUUCGUAUUAUGUUUUUUAAGGAGCGCGAGUCGUUGGAACCAGACCACCAAAGUCAUGGUAAUUAGUUAAGUCUGGAAUCUGGUAUUAUGCAUGGGAGUUGAACAUGUCUGACAUGAUGCCAUUGUGCAUCAAGUUAUGACUGUUGUGUAUGUUAUAUUGAUGGGCCGCUGCGGAAAUGGUUUCCAUGAGUUAUCUUUUUUA